CGCAUUUGUAUUGCAGAUCGUAGCGCUUGAGUGCCGACUGUGUUUUAUGCUAAAAAUGGUCAGCGACAGUCUCUUCAGGAAUCUGUAAUCAUCGGAUAUUUGAUACUUGCUUUUAUUGUUCUGUCUAAUUUACCGGACGCUCAAACUAUCCAGCCAUGUGGAAAGUCCGAGAGAUCGCCGACAAAGUCACCAAUGUCGUCAUGAACUAUACUGAUGUUGAAGCCAAAGUCCGUGAAGCCACUAAUGACGAUUCUUGGGGGCCUACUGGCCAGCAAAUGCAGGAUGUUGCCCAGCACACUUUCACUUAUGAACACUUUCCCGAAGUAAUGACAAUGCUGUGGCGGAGGAUGCUACAAGACAAUCGCAGAAACUGGCGAAGAACUUAUAAAUCACUUCUCCUCCUAAACUAUUUGGUGAAAAAUGGAUCGGAGAGGGUGGUCACUUCCGCUAGAGAGCACAUUUAUGACUUGAGAGGAUUGGAAAACUAUUCCUACUUUGAUGAAAAUGGCAAAGACCAGGGCAUCAAUGUUAGGCAUAAAGUAAAGGAGUUGAUAGAUUUUGUCCAAGAUGAUGACAGAUUGAGAGAAGAGAGGAAGAAGGCUAAAAAGAACAAGGAUAAAUAUAUUGGAAUGUCCAGUGAUUCCAUGGGAAUGCGACUUGGAGGUGGUGGAGGCGGCGGUGGAGGCUGGGAAGAUGGUGGAUCAUCUUGGGGACGGAAAGAUCAGUCUGAUUAUUCUGACUGGGGCGGCAACAACAAAAAUAGUGACAGAUUCAGUGAUGAAGGUGAACGGUAUGAUAGUGAUGGAGAUGUGCCUUCUCCCAAGCAGCCUGAGAGAAGCAGCAAGAAUGAAUACAAAGACAGCGAGAGCAUAGAGUCCCCUGAAAAAUUUCCCAGCAGCGGCAAUGGCUUCAAGUCUGCUGUGCCCUCAAAAAAUACCUUAACCACAAAGCAGCCAACUUCGGCUCGCACCAUCAAGAAAGUUGACCUUGGUGCUGCAGCAGCAUUUGCCAAAGAAGCGAAAAAAACAAGUCCAGUCAAGUCGUCGAGUGAUUUGUUUGCAUCUGUUGACGACGAUUUCAACCCCAGAGCUAGUGAUCAGGGUGAAACGACUGCCGAUUUUGGUGAAUUUUACUCUGCUGUCGGAACUGAUGCUCCAACUGCUAAGUCUGAAGACGACUUUGCCGACUUCCACUCGGCAUUUAGCGACCAGAACAGUUCCUUGCCAGCUUUUGCAACUUCUAACAUCCCAAUCUCCACAGGUGCUGCGUCUAACGCUGACCUCUUGAUGGGCUUGGGCAGUCAGCUGCCUACCAGUGCUCCUGUUAGUCUAAUGAGUGUUGGUGCCACUACGGACCUUUUCGGGGCCAGUCCUUUUGGCGGGCCACCCAAACAGGCUCCAAUGAGCAGUGGGUUUGAUGACCUCUUUGGGAGUACCAACCCUCUAGAUACUGGAAACAUUCCUCCAGCCGUGCUGCGAUUGCAAAAAUGCCAAGACCUCUACGCGGACCUACUAUUGCUUGAAGCAAAUGGCUGCAUCGAAGGACCAGAGACUCCUCAGAAGUUCAUGGGUUUGGAUAGGCCAGCUGCCCCUCGAACACAAAUGUGGCCUCAGAUUCUGCUAGAGAGACUAUCCACUAAAGAUGUCAGCCCAGAACUUGGAGAAUUUUGCAUGCUAGCACCUGUUGAUGAAGUUUGCAAGCAGGUGCUGAGCCUCUUGUCAGCAAAUAACCAACUUGCACGUGUGCUUGAAAAGUGCUUGCGGGAAGAGCUUUGGGAUUUUCUGAUUAAGCAGUGCAGGCAUUGGCAGAUUGACGAACAAGACGUUGAGUGGACGAACACAGCUCAGCUUUUUGUCUCCAUACCCUCUAGGGUUGGCAAUAUCCUUGAAGAGAAAUUGCCCACCUUUUGUCAACCAGAGAAAUUCAGUUCAAUUCUGUUUCACCAGUUUGGGUGGGUCAUUUCAUUUUUGGCCCAUGCUGAGACUUUCAAGGUGCCUUGGAGAGAGGAUAAAUUAAUGCAGUUUCUAUCAAAAUUGCUCAUAAACUAUGGAGGGACGGAGAGUGCAGAGACUUUCUUCAGGAUCUUAAUGAGCGUCUGUGAAAAAGAUGUCAGCGUCAUUAAAGUGACUUCAAAAUUAUGUUCUCGUCUUGAAGGAAAGGCUUGUGAGAACUUAGUUACACUGUGUCUCCUGCAUGGCUCCAUGAGCAAAAUUUUGGACUGGAAAACUUCCGAAGAAGUGAAGAAUCAUAUUUUGGUGGUUGUGCCAUUCCUACGAAGCCACCCAAAAUGCAACCUACCCUUAACGUUGAUAGACACAAUUGCUACAUCUUUGGAGAGCAGUUUUGUAGAAUUUGUUACCAAAGUGGCAUCCAUUUGGGCCAACAAGAGCGCUAUCAGCCACACCAGCCUGGAGCAGCAAAUCUAUCUGUCUGAAAUGCUCAUCAGGGCAGCAAACCAUUUGACGGGCAAGGACCUGGGUGAGAAACGAUUGGCCCUCCAAAGGCAUCUCAUGGGUGGCGUGAGCCAAAGAUUGCAAGAAACUUCAAUUGAGAAAAAAGUGCUUGGCAUGGUUGUGGCUGAAAAAUUGUUGGCUGUCUGUUUUCCUACCCCGGAGCCACUAAAAUUUGACUAUGAUUCCCAAACAGAACUGGCAAACCAUCUGAAUCACCUGCAGGUUACAGUAGAGGAAGUUACAUGGGACGGACACUGGCUGGUUGCCUUGCAAGAUUUGUUUGAAAGCCAAGAAGAGACAUUCCUACCAACCAAAGAGCUUGAAUCUACAAGAAUCUCUGAACCUGAGAGCCCUAAAGGAAAUCUAACCUUGGAAUUAGACAGUGAUGACGAAGACGACGGAUUUGAGGCCUUUGACAUGUCCUCCGACAAGCUGCCGAAGGAGGCCCAACCUAUUUUUCUCAGGGAGUUCCUAAACAAAAUCCACGAGCAGUCGGCAGACGAGGGGAGUAUGUCCCUUGAAGGUGUUGCCCAAAUGAUCAGGUCGCAGCUACCUGACGAUGACUCUUCCCUUGCAUGCGAAUUGCUGGACGCUCUUCUAAACUUGAACCUGAAAAAGGUGGGGGAAUCUGUCGUGGCAAUCAUUGAAGUGCAUCCCGAGGAGGCUGUGCAACACCUGGCUGGACAACUGGGUAUCCCUAACAAAUACUCAACCUUGUACCUGAGCUGCGUCUUGAGGAGCAUUGGUGCCGCGGCUUCCAACCUUUAUCAAGGCCCGUCAAGUCCUGCGCAGACGGAAUUUAAAAUGCUGGAGCUUCCGAAAAAUACUCGUCUCAUUCAUUCAAUCAGACCUGCAAUACGCGAGACAAAAAGCGUCUUUGCCAAGGUUGCUCCUGCUUUCCUUUACCCUUUGUUGCCAAUUCUCCACAUGGAAAAUUGGGACCCUGAGCUCAGGGUAACUUUGCUCUCCACCCUGGCAGUGGUGAUGGCAUGCUCAGUGAACUGUCCACGAGUGCGGAGGAUGAGUCUAGCGUUAAUCGAAGAGAUCGUGUUAGCGCAGUGGCCAUUGCAGCACCCUGAUGCAAAAAUCAGGGCUGCAACGCUUAAGUGCAUUCUGACGGCUCUAGCCAAUCUGGAUAUGCAGGGGAUUUUUGAGUGCAAUCACCGCCAAGAACUGAGAGGGCACCUCCAUUCCAUUGCUGGGAAUGACCCUGAGCAUGAGUGCCGCGAGUGGGCUUCUAAAGGACUGUCAAUUCUCUUGUAAUCAAAGCUUCCAGAAUAAUAAAACAGAAUUAUCAGUUACGAUUUUUUUUUUAUCAUGUCAUGCUAUUCAAAUAUAUUUAAUCAUGUAUUUAAACUGUUCACUCUUGCUUGCUAGUGGAUAAAUACAAAGGUACUAAUUUUUACUGAACUAUUAGUUUCAAAACGUUAGUCAUAAAAUUGAAAUGAUU